AUGGUUGACAACAUGAUAGAAGCUAAAGAAGAACUCAUGGUUUCACCAUCAUCCGCUUGUGAAAACAAAACUCUAGGAACUCCACAUUUUUCCAAAUCUUCUAUCCAAGACUCUCAUUUUCUUCCAACCCAUUUUUCUAUUUCCUCUAAAACUAUCACCAAUUUUCCACAAGAAAUAAGAUACAAUGGAUGGAGACCACCCACAAAAGAAUGGAAAACAUGGGUCAAAAAGUUACAACCAAAGUUCGAGCAUUUAUGGAUACAAACUGGAAUAUACGGUGCAAUCAAAGCUUCUACAUAUGAAAUCAAAAGGGAUGAUGAGUUGAUUCUUGAACUUGCUAAUAGAUGGUGUUCGAAAAGAAAUAUGUUUGUUUUUCCUUGGGGAGAAUCAACAUUAACAUUGGAAGACACAAAUAUUUGUUUUGGUUACCCUUUUUUAGGUUGUUCUAUUUCUAACCCUCUUAUGAACAGUGAACAAGUAAAAGUAGAAGAGGAGUUAAUGGAAGCAAGAACAAUGUUUAACGGUUCUAAAGCUAAAAAAGUGAAUCAAAGGGCAUGGAUGAUGUAUUUUAUGGAGAGUGAAAGCAAAGUGGAGCAUGAAGCUUUUCUGAUUUAUUGGUUAUCAAGGUUUGUUUUUCCUGCAAACUCUUAUGAUACGAUUUCGAAAAGUGUCUUGCCUAUUGCAAUACUUUUAGCUCAUGGAAAUCGAGUAGCUCUUGCACCAGCUGUUUUAUCUAGUAUUUAUAUGGAUUUGAGUUUACUUAAUAGCGUCAUUACAAAAAAGGACACAACCACCUUGAACAGUUUAAGAAUAACUAUUUGGUCACCUUUUCAAUUGGUUCAAAUAUGGGCUUUAGAGAGGUUUUUAGCUCUUAAACCUCACCCUUAUACAAUAGGUCAUGGUUUACCAAAGGUGGCAAGAUGGGGUGGAGUUAAAGUAUUGAAUUGUAAAAACUUGAAAAAGGACUUGGAUAUUGCAGGAUUUAUAAAUGGUUUUCUGUGGCAACCGUAUGAGAAUUCGCCAUCUGUUGAGAUUUAUAAUCAAAAAGAUAUGUGGAAAUGUUAUAAUCCUUGGUGGAAGAAAUCAAAAUCAAGCGAGGAAAGAGAUAACAAGAGAGUGAAGGUUGAGCAACAUGAACUGAAAGGUUCUAAUGAAGAGAGCCAUUUUUAA